AUGAACAGCCGGAAGAGAGACAAGCCCUACUUCUCCAGGCACGCGCCUUACUCUUUCCCAAAACGCCGUCGUCCUCUUCCCGCCUCCACCGAUGAUACAGUUGAUGCUUCUUCCAACACGGCCUCGAAGAAGGAGCCGAAGACUGUGGUGGUGAUAGGGUUGCCGAUUGAGUGCUCGGUGCUAGACCUCAAGUCGAGGUUCGAAAUAUACGGACCCAUAUCUCGCACCCGUAUGGAACCGAAUGGAGUGGCUUACAUCACUUUCCGGUCCAACGACGCCGCACAAUCUGCUGUAGAUGCUGCCCGUGACCCGGAUUUUCCGAUUAGCCUCCAUUCUGCAUUAGUGCAGGUGAUGUGGGCAAGUGAUCCAGUGCCUCAAUGGCGAGAAGGAGUGGAGCGAAAGGAAGGAAUUUCAUCAAAGCUAGUGAGGGCUCAGGCUCCACUGAGUAGACAUGGACGUGGCAAUAAGUUAGGAUCAGCAAUUGUGAACCCUAGAGAAGAGAAUGUUGACAGCGCUAAAAGUAAGGACAAUGAAGAUAAUAACGUCGUUGUAGGUAACUCGAGGUCAGAUGGGGCUUUCAAUGGUAGGGAAAUUGUUGCCUAUGAUGAUAUUUUGUAA